AUGUCGACGAAACAGCCGUCGCGUGUCGUCUUCGUCGGAAACAUUCCCUAUGGAUUAUCGGAAGAGCAGAUCACGGAUAUCUUCAGCACCGCUGGUAAAGUCCUGAAUUUCCGCCUCGUCUACGAUCGGGAUACAGGGCGUCCUAAGGGCUUCGGAUUUGCGGAAUAUCCCGAUGCAGACUCGGCAGCCUCAGCAGUUCGAAACCUGAACGACUACGAGAUCAUGGGCCGGAAGCUCCGUGUAGACUAUAGCACGGAAGGUCGGGUCGACGGUGAUGACUCUAACAGCGCAUCCACCACUACUGGCCAACCCGCGAAUGGCGCUUCGUAUAUCGUUCCUCAACCUGCUCCCACGGGCUCAAUACUUUCUCUGCCUCCAGGAAAAGAACUGCCUGCUGGAGUGAGCGCCACUGAUGCUAUCUCGAGAACUCUCAACACUCUGCCCCCUAGUCAGCUUCUCGAUAUCCUUUCUCAGAUGAAGUCGCUUGCGACGACAGACCCGAACCGCGCGACGGAACUAUUACAGCAGGCGCCACAGCUAUCUUACGCUAUCUUUCAAGCUCUGUUGUUGAUGGGUCUCGUAUCUCCCGAAGCUAUACAUUCCGUUGUCGAUUCUUCGGCUGCACCGCCUCCGGUUCAGCAGCCAGUACCUGGCUUUCCUCCCGCAUAUACGGGUGCUACGACGGUCACUCCUCCAGUUGCAGUAGCCUAUGCGCCGCCCGCAUCAGUAGCGGCUCCUCAGGCUGCUUAUGCGCCUCCCGCAGCUAGCGCACCUGUAGCCGCGGCGCCGCAAGACACGGAAGCCCUGAUGCAGGCGGUGAUGAACUUAUCGCAGGAGAUGAUCGAUCAGCUCCCGGAGACGGAACGCCAGCAGAUCCUAGCUCUAAGAGCUGGCAUGAUGGCCCAAAGACGUUAG